UAACACAUGAAAGCACACGAGAUGACAGCUUUACCGCAAAGACAGCACUUUAAAGAAAUUUUCUGGGGACCUCAGUUUGAAAACACCUGAAUUAAAUGAAAGUAAUCUCUCAGUAUUAUUUACAUCUCUCGUCAUAUAGGACCUUUAUAAUAAAUGGACACCAAUAUGGCAAGUGUACAGGAGAGUAACCCAGAAUGUUCAAACAAUGAAAAUGAAUCUGCAGUAAAUGCAAACGAGAAGGUACAAACUGAAACAUUGUCUAAAAGGCAAAGGAAGAGACUUCUCAAGAAUCAACAGUGGGAAGAACAGAGAGAACUUCGCAAACAGAAGCGGAAAGAGAGAAAACAGCAGCGCAAGCUUGAGAGACAAGCGCAGACUGAAGAUAAUGCCGAGUGCACAGGAAAGAAGCGUAUGUGCAGAUCUGCAGAGCCCAGCUCUCUUAGACUGGUCAUUGACUGCAGCUUUGAUAACCUCAUGGAGAUCAAGGAUGUCAAGAAACUUCACAAGCAGAUUCAGAGGUGCUACGCUGAAAACAGACGAACCCAACAUCCUGUACAGUUUUACCUUACAAGCCAUGGAGGUCAGUUAAAGCAAAUCAUGGAUGAAAUUAACAAAGGAUGGGUGAACUGGAAGGAUGUCCAUGUUGAGACUGACCCGUUUCAUAAAAUCAUGAGCAAGGAGGACCUGGUCUACCUCACCUCUGAUUCACCCAAUGUGCUGCAAGAGCUGGAUGAAUCCAAAGCUUAUGUGAUCGGCGGCCUUGUGGACCACAACCACCAUAAGGGAAUCACAUUUGGCCUGGCCAAAGAGCUUGGCAUUGCCCAUGCUCAGCUUCCAUUGGGCAGUUUCGUCAAGAUGAAUAGCCGCAAGGUGCUGGCAGUAAAUCAUGUUUUUGAGAUCAUCCUGGCAUUCCUGGAAAAACGAGACUGGCAGGAAGCGUUCUUUACUGUUCUCCCACAGAGGAAGGGUGCUAUACCAGUUGGCCAAAAGAACAAGCCAGGACAGGGCAAUGACGAGGAAGAAGAUGACUCUGAUCAAGAUUCGGACACAAGCAAUGUUAUUUCAGAUAAGAAAACUGAGCAACCCAAUAGCAAACAAGAAGACGACAAAUCUUCGCUAAAGCUGUCAGAUUCCAGCGAGCAAAAUGCAGCAUAGAGGGACAAUACAUAUUUAUGCUGCCUAAUUAUUAUAUAAUUUUUUUUUGCAUUUUUUUAUCAGUUCAGUUUUUAAGCUUAAUUAUAUCUUGAUUAUUUUUGAAAGCCUUUAAGCAAAGGUUUUGGCUGGAUAUUUCCGUUAAACAAAUUUGAUGAAGAAUGAUUCCUUUUUUAUCCUCAGCCAUUAUUCUCUUGACAUUGGGUGUUUAAACCUAGGAGGAUGGCCAAAUUUCAUACCACUGUUUCAUAUUAUCCAUUGUUGUUUUCAGAAAUCUGUUAAAAUUAAACUGGCUAAAGGUUUUGUUCAUGAAAAUGCUGUGUAAUCCGUAUUCCGAGUGUUAGCUGACAUUUGAGUUCAGUUGCAUAAAUUUCUGUCUUAGUUUGUACACCACCAUUUUUCAAUAUUUUACUAUGUUCU